AUGUUGAGCUGUAUAUUUGGCAGAAACCACAGCAGAACGGGCUUUACACCGCCCAUUGAACACUUGCCCACGUUGGAGAUCAAGGAGCCGCUGCAGACAUCCCGCACAGAGCUCGAUGAGAGACUUGCGGAUUUGAGGGAGCUGCUUAUAGACAGCAAGCUGGACUACUACCUUAUUCCCACCACUGAUGCCCAUGCUUCAGAGGAGGUAGCGGCUGCCGAUGCCCGACUAAGCUUUGUAUCUGGCUUCACCGGCAGCUCUGGAAUUGCGAUAGUGGGUCAGCACGCUGCACACCUAUGGACCGACUCGCGCUACUUCAUACAAGCAGAACGCCAACUCAGCGACGCGUGGACGCUGCACAAGGACGGGCUUCCUGGAGUUCCUACGUGGCUUGAGUGGCUCAAGGGACUGUGCUGCUGCAGAAUCGGUGUCGAUCCGAAGCUGGUCGCAUACACACAAGCACAGGCCAUAGGUGACAACCUACGUGAGUCAGACUGUGUGCUAGUCCAUACGCACAACCUCGUCGACCGCAUCUGGUACGACAGACCGCAUCUGCCACUCAAGCCGCUUUUCGAGCUGAGAGUGCAGUUCGCGGGAGUUCAUGCAUCGCAGAAGCUGCACAGCGUCGAUGCAUAUCUGGGUAGCAAGCGCGCACUCAUCGCUACCGCUCUCGACGAUGUGGCCUGGACGCUUAAUCUGAGAUGCCACGGGAGCGUUCCUUUCAGCCCCGUAUUCUACUCCUAUCUCUUUCUCUCGCAGGCUAAGAAGAUAUUGUUCGUGCACAAGCAGCAGCUCACUAAGGACGUCAGCGCAUACCUGCACGAGCUGGGCGUCGAGGUUGACGAUUACGACGCUGUGGACAGCAGGCUGAAAGAGGUGUCAGAGGGGUUCACUACGGUGCUCGCAUCCCAGUCUGUCUCCUAUGCCGUAGCAGCCGACUGCACAUUCGAACGCAUCAGGACUACCACCUCGCCUAUCACGCUGUGGAAAGCUGUGAAGAAUGAAACGGAGCUGCAGGGAGCUCGCGAAGCAUACAAGCGAGAUGGACUAGCUUUUGUCCGUUUCCUCGCAUGGCUCGAUGGACAGGUCAGAGCGGGAAACCCCAACCUCACCGAGUGGACAGUCAGUGGCAAGUUUGACGAGUUCAGGAAGGCGUUGCCCCUGUUCAAGGGUCUGGCGUACGAGAACAUCUCUGCAACAGGCGCCAAUGCAGCUCUGCCUCACUACGCAGCUGGUCCUGAUGCUCCCAAACUCGAUCUGAGCACGCCUUACUUGAAUGACUCUGGCGGACAGUAUCUUGAUGGGACUUGCGAUACUACGCGCACUGUCCACCUGGGCACCCCGACAGCUGAGCAGAAGGUAGCGUUCACGCGUGUCCUCCAGGGACACAUCGCCAUAGACUCGCUCGUCUUCCCUGAAGGCACGACUGGUGGCCAUAUCGACGUGCUCGCGAGACGUCCACUGUGGCGUGAAAACCUCGACUAUGGCCAUGGCACUGGACACGGCAUAGGCUCGUAUUUGAACGUACACGAGGGACCACAUGGGAUUAAUAAGGGUGUGACAUUCGCUGAGCACCCACUGCGUAUCGGUUGCAUCAACUCGAAUGAGCCUGGAUAUUACGCCGAGAACAGAUUCGGAAUGCGCAUCGAGUCUGUCGUCGCAGUUCAGGCGGCUGAACAAGAAGGUUGGCUGAAAUACGACCGCUUGACUCAGGUUCCGAUCGACAAACGUCUCGUCGACUUUGGGUUGCUGGACAAGUCAGAGAGGAAUUGGCUCGAAGCGCACAACCAAGAUGUCAAGAGAAUGCUGUUGCCAAUGCUAGAUAAGUCUGAGACACUCGCGAAAGAGUGGUUGGAGAGGGUGUAA